AUGAAUGUUCAACACACUCCCUUCACGCAUUAUGCGAUUUUAAUCGGGAUCAACGCCUAUCAGGACAAGGCCCUGAAAGGUUGCGUGCGGGAUGUCCAAGCUAUCAAGGGAUAUCUGGAAAGCGUGUUGGAUCCUCUUCACCUACAGAUUUUCACGGCAACUGAGAGCGCCGAUCCAGAGUCAUCUAGUCCAAUUAAAGAUUCGAUGAUCUGGCCAACUUACGACAAUGUGACCUCGGCCUUCGAUACGAUAAUCUCUUUGGCCAAACCUGGAGAUUUCGUCUAUAUCCACUAUUCUGGACACGGCACUCGAGCGUUCUCUAACAAGUCCACAGGAGAUUUGGCAUUGGUUUUGCUCAAUGAAGGGAAGGAAGUGCAAUAUCUCUGGGGCCCGAGACUGGCCUUCUCAUUAGAGGCCAUGGUCAACAAGGGACUAGUGCUCACUCUUGUUCUCGACUGUUGUUUCUCUGCAAGUGUCUACCGCCGGGAUGAUCCCAUCAUCUGCUUUCUUCCUUACCAUGCUGAGAUCGGUUCAAGAUACCUACUAGACCCUGAGAUAAGCCUGAGAGAUGAAACUUGUUAUCCAGCAAGCCGAGAUGCAUGUAUGCGCCCCAAUUGGCUUAUCGACCCUGAUGGUUACGCAAUACUUGUCGCAUGUGAUUCUCAUAAAGAGGCAAUUGAGCUCAAAGCCGACGGGCAGAGCCAUGGAGCAUUAUCAUAUUUUCUUCUUAAGACCCUGAAAGAGCGCGAAGGCCUCACAAAGAAACAUAAGGACAUCUACGACCACCUGCGUGCCGCAUUCCAGAAGUCCACGCUGCCUCAAAACCCCGCCCUUUAUGGGAACAAGGGCCAAGGCUUCUUCGGACACGCGAACGCAGAAAUUACUGUGGAAACUGUUCUGAUUGUCGUAAAACAGGACGGCAGCCUUGAACUACUAGCCGGCCAGGCACAUGGUGUUUCUGAUAAUGACCAGUUUGCUUUGUGUCCCUUGGCUUCAGCGAAAUGUGACCCUAGAUCACAAGGAGACUCAGUGUUUGCCAGAGUUGUGCAUGCUAGAGCUUUUACGGCAGAACUAAAGCGACUAGACGAGACAACCCUUAAUCCUAAGACAGGAUGGCUUGCGACCGCUCUUACUAGAUCCUCCGUUCAGAGAUCCCUAAUACGAAUUAACAUUGGCCUUCUACAUCAGAAUGAAUGGCGGACGGCUUUGAAACAACGAUCACUUGGUUUUUAUAUCGACAUGGACAAACCUCCUUAUUUAUUCUAUAUAAUUUUGAACAGCAAUAAGGAGUACGAGAUCCUGAAUGAAUUUGAUCAGAAGAUUCUCAAUUUACCUAUUAUAUCGCAGGAUCGAAUGGAUAUUAGCGAUGUUUGUAAUAUUAUAGAGCAUUUAAUUAGGUAUAACCUUGUUAAAGAUCUGGCUAACAAAGUACCCGUGGAUCCUUUUCAGGAGUCUUUUGAGGUCCACAUUAUUAGUUCUGGAGAGUUAUUUGAUCCCGGACGUGUGGUAGAAGUGGAACAGGAUGACGAAACGAAGUUUACAUUAGAGUUACAAGCGGCAAAUAAAGGAAACAAUGACCUUUACGUUUACAUCUAUAAUUUAAGUCCUUGUUAG